AUGGCCGUGCUUGAAUUGUGGCCUCAUCGCUCUGAAAAGGAAACCGUUGCAUUUUGCGGCUCCGUUUCCACGUGGGUGUACGCCGACGGCAUCUACGAUCUCUUCCACUUCGGCCAUGCUCGCGCGCUCGAACGGGCCAAGAAAUCAUUCCCCAACACCUAUUUGCUGGUGGGCUGCUGCAGCGACGAGGUCACGCAGUGGUACAAGGGCAAGACAGUCAUGACCGAGGAGGAGCGCUACGAAUCGCUUCGCCAUUGCAAGUGGGUCGACCAAGUCAUACCUGAUGCUCCCUGGAUUAUCAACCAGGAGCUCCUCGACAAGCACCGUAUCGACUACGUCGCGCACGACACGCUUCCAUAG